GGACUAAGAAAAAUACACCGCCUAUAAAUAUCCACGAAGAAAUUAGAGUCACUCACAGUUUUACAAACACAUACAAGAAGGAAAAAAAACUGAAAAAAUGGUUAGGAUUUCAAGUUUAGUGUGUUUGGUUCUUUUGGUUACAAUAGGAGUCAUGGUUAGUGUCUCACUCGCUGACAACAACGAAGAGAAAUCGACUGAUCUGAAGAAAGUCAAAGGAGGAGUAACUGAUCGCUCGAUUAGUAAGGUAAAUGAUGAUGAUCACGACGAUGAUAAUGAAGAUCACGAUGACCAUGACGAUGAUAAUGAUCAUGACAAUGAUAAUAAUGAUCAAGAUCAUGAUCAUGAUAAUGAUGGAGACGAUGACCAUGAUGAUGAUGAUAAUAAAGAUGAUGGUGGUGAUGACGAUGACAAAAAGAAGACGUUGGGGGUACACGAGCUAAAGAAGGGGAAUCUAACGGCCAAAUUUACAAACCGGGGUGCUUCUAUCAUGUCUCUCCUUUUCCCCAAUAAAAAUGGAAAAAUAGAGGACAUUGUUCUUGGAUAUGACAGCGUCAAUGACUACAUGAAUGAUACGGUAUUUUGUGGAGUGACGUUGGCACGUGUAGCCAAUAAAAGGGAAAAGACCGUUGUAAACGAUGGCAAACAUGGUGUGACGAAAGAGUCUGGCGAUGUGAUUUGGACAGUUAAGAAACACAACAAUAAUGGCAAAAAACCUUAUAUUGUUUUCAGAUACACAAGUCCUGAUGGCGAUCAUCAAGGGAAACUAGAAGUCACUGUGACGUAUAAGCUGGUAGGAGAUAACAAAUUGAAAAUGGUGAUGGAAGCAAAGGCUAAAGAGAAAGCAACUCCGGUGAAUUUGGUUCAUCGUUCUUAUUGGAAUCUUGGUGGUCAUAACAAUGAAGAUAUCUUGUCUGAAGAAAUUCAAAUUCUCGGUUCCGGUUAUGCUCACCUCGACCAUAAUCUCACUCCAACCGGAAAAAUCCUCGCCGUUAAAGGAACACCGUACGAUUUUCGCCAACUCCGACCUAUUAAAGACAACAUCAAUGAGCUUAAGACAGGAUAUGGUAUAAAUUAUUGUCUAGAUGGUGUUGCAAAUAAGAUGAGAAAAGUCGUGGAGCUUGUGGACAAGAAAUCGAAGAUAAAAAUGGAGCUGUCUACAGACCAAUCUGGUCUAAAAUUCUAUACCGGAGGAAGGCUGAAAAAAAAUAAAAAUGGAUCGGUUCAUAAAGCUUACUCCGGUUUAUGUCUAGAAUCACAUGCAAUCAAUAACCAAUAUCGUCCUUCGCAGAUAGUUGAACCGGGGAAAAAUUAUAAGCAUACUAUGCUCUUUAAGUUUUCUAUUGUUCCGUCAACUUUGUAACGUUACUUUCUGGAAAGUUUACGACCAGAAAAAAAAAUUAAUAAAAACUUUUCUGUCAA